AUGAGAAAAGAAUUGAAAUAUAUCCUAUGGGGCCACGCUGCCGUGAUAGCAUUUCUAGUUUAUUGCAGCUACGAUUUGAUAAGUUUACUAUUUGAUGACUCCUUUCAAGAUGCUUUGCUUGACGUAGAGUUGAAUCCAACAGAGAACCGUUUUGACAAACCAAACGUUAUCCCUAAGAUCAUACACCAAACCUACAAGGAUGAGCAUAUCCCCAAGCUAUGGCAACCAGGUCAAAAGGCCUGCGUUGAAAUGCAUCCAGACUACCAAUACAUUUUGUGGACUGAUGACACUGCAAGGCAAUUUAUCGCUCAAGAAUUUCCUUGGUUUCUUCUGACGUGGGACUCAUAUCCUUACCCUAUUCAGCGCGCAGAUGCCAUUCGCUAUUUCGCUCUAGCUCAUUACGGUGGAAUUUAUAUCGAUUUAGAUGACGGUUGUGUGCGCAGAUUGGACCCUUUAUUGACGGUACCAGCUUUCGUCAGACAGACGGUGCCCACGGGAAUUUCGAAUGACGUUAUGGGGGCUGUGCCAAAACACCCAUUUUUCAUAAAGGUUCUUGACAGCCUCCAAAAGUACAAGAGAAAUUGGUUGGUGCCUUACAUAACGAUCAUGUUCUCGACAGGACCAUUAUUCCUUUCCGUGAUGCUUCAACAGUACAAAAGGUAUGGCGUCCCAGAGGCAGCGAAGGUGAGGAUCUUGCUACCCAAAGACUACAAGACCCAUGUCUUUUCUUUCUUUGCAAUUUCGCCAGGAUCACUGUGGCAUCUUGACGAUGCAAAAUUUGUGAAGUCGCUAGCGAAUCAUAUCGGCUUAGCAGUUUUUGGAGGAUUCGUCAUUGCUAGUUUGUUCCUCCUUUUGGAAUGGUGGUUUUAUCAAUGGUGUGUACACACUAACUUUACUAAAAGCUUCGAAAGGUUGCAAGCAAAGUUGAAAUGGUCGAGUCGUGGCAAGAAGAGGUCAAGAAAAGACUCCAAUCUUCCGCUUCUGAUUUCCGUCAAUAAAGGUGAUACAGUGGUUUGA